AUGGCUCCUCCCGCUGCCGUCUCUCCCGUUCGUGACUUCGCCGUCACUUACUCUACCGGCAAGGCCAAGUCCGUCGCCCCUCCCUCCACCUCAUCCACCCAGUCGGUGGAAGAGAUGUUUGGGAAGUGGGACAGCUUCACCUUCGCUCCUAUCCGGGAGAGUCAGGUUUCGCGUGCCAUGACGCGUCGCUACUUCGCGGACCUCGACCACUACGCCGAGUCCGACAUCGUCAUCGUCGGCGCGGGUUCCUGUGGUCUGAGCACGGCGUACGUCCUCGCUAAGCAGCGUCCGGACCUUAAGAUCGCCAUCGUCGAGGCCGGCGUGGCUCCCGGCGGUGGUGCCUGGCUCGGAGGCCAGCUGUUCAGCGCCAUGGUCAUGCGCAAGCCCGCCGACGUGUUCCUCAAGGAGAUUGGCGUCGACUUCGAGGACGAAGGCGACUUCGUCGUCGUCAAGCACGCCGCCCUCUUCACCAGCACCGUCCUCAGCAAGGUCCUGCAGUUCCCCAACGUCAAGCUCUUCAACGCCACCACCGUCGAAGACUUGAUUACCCGGAAGGACGCCGACGGGCAGGUGAGGAUCGCUGGUGUCGUGACGAACUGGACCCUCGUGAGCAUGCACCACGACGACCAGUCCUGCAUGGACCCCAACACCAUCAACGCCCCGCUCGUCAUCUCCACCACCGGCCACGACGGCCCGUUCGGCGCCUUCUCCGUCAAGAGGCUCGUCAGCAUGAAGCAGAUUGAGCAGCUUGGCGGCAUGCGUGGUCUGGACAUGCAGACUGCCGAGGACGCGAUUGUGAAGGGCACCAGGGAGAUUGUACCUGGUUUGAUCGUCGGCGGCAUGGAGCUUUCCGAGGUUGACGGUGCCAACAGAAUGGGUCCUACUUUUGGUGCCAUGGCUCUUUCUGGAGUCAAGGCUGCUGAGGAGGCUCUGGCUGUCAUUGAUGCCCGCAAGAAGGAGAACGAGCUCUGA